AACCUCUCUCUCUCUCUCUCUCUCCGCCAAUUCAGCUCAACAUUCUUCUUCUUCUGGGUCCUUCCUAAUUCGCAGUCGCGUUCUCUGUUUCUUCCGUGCUGAUUGACAAUUCGCUUAAUCUUGUAAAGGUGGUUGCAUCUUGGAGUGUCUAAGUCAAUGCAAUAGGGGGGGAAGUUAAUACAUCGCAUAACUGUAACCUUCUCACUUAAGAAGACUUCAUGGAUGAAUCUGGUGGCACUCUUAUUGAAGCUCCUGUUCCUAGUGUUACAAUAAGGAAGAGGAGGAGCAGCAUUCCUCGGCGGCCCAGGCCUGAGAUUCAGCUGUUUCCUCAAAGUUAUGAUCCAUCAACACCAGUCUCUUAUGAGCCCGGAAGGGUCUCCAGUGAGGAAACUGAUGUUAGUUCUGGAGGGAAGAUGUUCAGCCUUAACCAGUGUAUAUCAAGGGGCUCUCCUGCUACUAUAGCUGAAACUGACUAUCCAAACAAGAGGGUUAAGGAAGAUAUGGAAUCUAGACAUUUGGGAGCGAUUCACAAUGGUGUAGGAAAUGACAACAAGCUCAAGAAAGUUAAGCUGAAGCUUGGUGGGGUAACACGUACUAUUCAAGCUAAAAGCAAUCCUCAUGAUACAUAUGGCAUUGGAUCUUCUACAAAGAGUUCUCGACCUCAUGACACCCCUCGGCCACGGAAGAAAUUUACCCUUCAGGAAAAUUCAGGAGAAGGUCAAAUCCUCUCGGAUACGAAAAUCCAUUAUCCAACGAAAGCUUUGUCCAGGGGUAUUGAUUCUUGCAAGGAGGGCAUCAGGAAGAUGUCAAACAAGAGUUCAGCUGAAAAGUCAGAUUCUGUGAGGAAGAGCAAACGGGUCCCAAAGAGGCGUGUUUUGGAUGAGGCAUUUGAUGAAGACGAUGAAGAUGAUGAUGAGAUUAGGUAUCUGGAAAAGCUAAAAACAUCAAAAGCUUAUGGCGUCAAAGAUUUUGAGGAGGAGAACUCCAAUAAACAUCGGAGUCUUUCUCAGGUUGUUUCUAAAAGUGUAGGAGAGAUUGGGAAGUUGGCCAAAGAUGGUAAGAAGAGGUUGGAUAAAGGUUCUGACGACACUGACUAUGAAGAGGAGGAAAUUUUGUUGUCUGAUGGGGAUUGUGAAGGAAAAAGGAAACAGAAACAAAGAAGGGACUCCCCGCCUGACACAGUGAUGGAAUCCAAGAGGGAAUUAGCUCUUACAACACGCCAACGAGCUCUUCUCUCAAGCAAGGAUCCAUCUGUUGGUGUGAAUCAGGUUGAGUUCCCUAAUGGUUUGCCCCCACCUCCAUCUCGAAAACAAAAAGAGAAACUCACAGAGGUGGAACAGCAACUGAAGAAAACCGAGGCUGCUCACAGGCGUAAACUGCAAAAUGAGAAGGCAGCUCGAGAAUCUGAGGCUGAGGCAAUUAGGAAAAUACUAGGUCAAGAUUCAAGUCGAAAAAAGAAAGAAGACAAAGCAAAGAAGCGCCAAGAAGAGCUGGCUCAGGAGAAGGCUGCUAAACAUCAAGUGCUUGCAUCAGAAACUGUCAGAAUUGUCAUGAGGCCUACAGGGACGGUAGUGACAUUUCCCAUAGAGAUGGGGUUCCCCCCUAUAUUUGAAUCCAAACCCUGCAGUUAUCCAGCCCCUCGUGAGAAAUGUGCGGGGCCUUCGUGUUUGAACCCAUACAAAUAUCGUGACUCCAAGUUGAAGCUCCCACUCUGCAGUCUCAAUUGCUAUAAGGCUAUUCAUUCUAAGAUGGAUGCUGGAAAUGUGCCGACACUGUGUGGCUCAUAGUCUCCUUUGUUAGAGAUUUUGCAUGGCGUAGCACUACUGGAUAUUUCAUGAAUAUGUGAACCACGGGGGGGUCUAUCUGUUUGGGGAAGUAUUUGUUGAAAGUGGAAGCUUUUAAAUAUUCCACUUCAUAAAAUGUUUUGAUUAAAGAAAUGUUAUAAAUCAACAAUAAUGCAGAGUAUGAAAUGUUGUUAUGAGUGUGUGGUAGUAGAAUAUUUGAAAGCUUCCACUUUUGACAUAGGACCCGAAAAGUAGACAAACACAUUUCCAAAUGUAUGGGUGCACAAAUUUCUGGAAAGAUUGAGCAGUGCUCUAUAAAUAGGCUAUUCAUUC